CCGUCAGGCCCGCGCCAGGCGAUCGCCGCUGCACCGGCACGCCAAGUCGAGGGGACGGGCGUAGACUUGACGGCGAGGCCGCGGAGCACGACAGUCGCCGGCGGCGUCCCCAUCCAGCGUCAACGAAGGCGACGCGAAGAGAUGGCUGGCGAAGGAUCCGUCAGGUUGUCCCUCCUUAGCGACUCAAUGUUGUACGCAAUCGUGGCACUCGUGGCGCUCCUGCACCAGCCAGUCACCCAAGGGAAAGCUAUCACCCCGUUUGCGGGCCCAUGGUUCGCGUGGACCGAAAAGUUCUCUGUUUGCGAAGGCCAGUACCCGUGGUCGUGGAACAUAAAAACCACUCCCUAUAACCCUCAGAAACAUGAAUUACAACUCAUUUCAGGAAACGUCACAGGCGACAAGACUAUUGACGACAAUUUCUGGUUGAAAGUAGUCAUGGACCUUCGGUCCAAAAAUCAGUGGAGCAACAAAGGUUUGACCUUUGAGUUUAAAAAUAAGGCCUGUACAGCAGUCGUAUCAAAUAUCCCCGGAUUUUAUUCACUUUUCUUCGGGAAGGAAAAGAAACCGUGCUCUAUAGAUCCUGGAGUUUACCGGGUGGACCAAGAGCCGAUAGAUUGGAAUUUUCCUAAUUUCCCAAUCGUUCCAUAUGGACAUUACAAGUUUAGAAUCAUGUCUGGGAUUGGCAACGACAUGGCCGUGUGCUUGAUUAAUGAAGUUCAUCUUAUUCCUAAGCCGACCACGUAGGAAGAGCAAAGAUUUCGAUAUGCGAGGAGGCAAGGGCUUCCUCCCCAGCUUACAGUCAUUUAAGUUAAAAAGGUAUCAAUUAAACUGUGUGACAGGAA